AGUUUCUCUAUUAGUCUAUUCUCUUUGGUUUGUUGGUGAGAGUAGUGUGUGAGAGAAGAGUAAAAAAAAAAAAAAAAAAUUGAAACAGGAAACGCUAGCGUGAAUGUUCCGUUUCUUUCAGCUUUAGGAAAGCUACAGUUGCUUUUCUCGUUUUCUCAUAUUUUUUUACCAAACUGGAGAUUUGUUUUUCUCCUGGUGUCGGUGAGGGAGUUUCUACAGCUCUUCUUUUUCCACUUUUCAAAACUUCUGUUUGUUUCUAGUUUUUAUUUAGUGGAUGGAGUAUAGUUUCAUGGCCAUUCUAGCUGAAACAUAGCAGCUACAAUGGCCAUUCCGUUUCUAUAUCGGAGUUGAGAUAACUACUUUUCUGUAAAGUCAGACUUUGCACCGCUUUUACAGUCUGCAAUGGACCGCCGAAGUUGGCCCUGGAAGAAAAAGUCAUCUGACAAGACUGAGAAAGCAGCUGUUGCAACAGAUUCUGGUGGUGGCGGUUCUUUGGCUUCAAGUGGAUCACAGGCAGAUAAGGAUAACUACAAGAAGCCCAAUUAUGUUCAAAUAUCAGUGGAAUCAUAUACCCAUCUGACUGGUUUGGAGGAUCAAGUGAAGACAUAUGAGCAACAGGUUCAGACUCUGGAGGAUCAAAUUAAUGAGCUGAAUGAAAAGCUCUCUGCAGCUAAUUCUGAGAUGACUACGAAGGAAAACCUGGUAAAACAGCAUGCUAAAGUUGCGGAGGAAGCUGUUUCAGGUUGGGAAAAGGCUGAAGCAGAAGCUUUGGCACUGAAGAAUCAUCUGGAGUCUGUCACUCUUUCGAAACUCACUGCUGAAGAUCGGGCUGCACAUCUAGAUGGCGCUCUUAAAGAGUGCAUGCGGCAAAUAAGGAAUUUGAAGGAAGAACAUGAACAAAAAUUGCAAGAUGUGGUUCUCACGAAGAUCAAACAAUGUGACAAAAUUAAACUGGAGCUUGAAGCAAAGAUGGCUAACUUAGACCAAGAACUCCUUCGAUCUGCAGCUGAAAAUGCUGCUCUUUCGAGAUCACUGCAGGAGCGUUCCAACAUGCUAAUCAAAAUAAGUGAAGGAAAAUCUCAAGCUGAGGCUGAAAUUGAGCUUUUGAAGAGCAAUAUUGAAUCAUGUGAAAGGGAAAUAAACUCACAUAAGUAUGAACUCCACAUAAUUUCCAAAGAGUUGGAAAUUCGUAACGAGGAAAAGAAUAUGAGCAUGAGAUCUGCUGAAGUGGCAAACAAGCAGCACAUGGAAGGUGUCAAGAAAAUAGCUAAGCUGGAAGCAGAGUGCCAGAGAUUACGUGGUCUUGUGCGGAAGAAGUUGCCUGGUCCAGCUGCACUUGCACAAAUGAAACUAGAGGUGGAGAGUUUAGGCCGUGAUUGUGGAGAUUCACGACUAAGAAGGUCACCUGUUAAGCCUCCUAGUCCACAUCUGUCUGCUGUGCCCGAAUUUUCACUUGAUAAUGCUCAAAAAUUCCACAAAGAGAAUGAGUUUCUCACUGAGCGUUUACUGGCCAUGGAAGAAGAAACAAAGAUGCUGAAAGAAGCUUUAGCAAAGCGUAACAGUGAACUGCAGGCUUCCAGGAAUCUGUGUGCUAAAACAGCAAGUAGGCUUCAAAGUUUAGAAGCACAAGUCAGUAAUCAGCAGAAAAGUUCACCAACUUCUGUGGUUCAGGUUCCUAUUGAAGGUUACUCCAGUCAGAAUAUGAGCAAUCCACCUAGCUUGACCUCCAUGUCUGAAGAUGGAAAUGAUGAUGACCGAAGUUGUGCCGACUCUUGGGCAACAUCUCUAAUUUCUGAACUCUCUCAAUUAAAGAAGGAAAAGAGCAGUGAGAAGUUAAAUAAGACCAAAAAUACACAGCACUUGGAGCUUAUGGAUGAUUUCUUGGAGAUGGAAAAAUUGGCAUGCUUAAAUGCAAAUGGUGCCAUCACCAUUUCAGAUUCUCUAAACAAUAAGACAUCUGAAAUUGCGAAUGGUGAUACUUCAGCAGAGGUCUCUUUGGGCAAGGAUACCCUAUCUGAAGAACAGGGAAUUUUGGACUCGUCAGUAAAUCUUGUAUCUUCUAUGUCUGCAGCAAAUUCUGGAUCUGAGGCAGACCAGCCACGCUUGGUGAAGCUUCGAUCUAGAAUUUCUAUGUUGCUUGAAUCGAUCUCUCAGGAUGCUGAUAUGGGGAAAAUCUUAGAAGAUGUUCAACGGAUUGUGCAGGACACACAUGGUGCUGUGAGUUCUGUUUCUGAGGAUGUGCGUGCUACUGAUGCUACAUGUCCUGAAUAUGCCAGCAUAACAGGAGAUAAGGAAAUCACUUUGUUCCAAGAUACUAAUGCAGCUACAGACACUGUGCGCUCAGUAAACCAGGAAUUGGCUACUGCUGUUUCUAGUAUUCAUGAUUUUGUGUUGUUCCUUGGAAAAGAGGCAAUGGCAGUACAUGAUACAUCUUCUGAUGGCAGUGAUCUAAGCCAAAAAAUUGAGCACUUCUCAGUCACCUUUAAUAAAGUACUAAAUGGAAACACAAGUUUAAUUGAUUUUAUUUUUUAUCUUUCAUGUGUAUUAGCUAAAGCCAGUGAGCUCAGAUUUAAUGUUCUGGGUUAUAAAGGUUCAGAAGCAGAAAUCAAUAGCUCUGAUUGCAUUGAUAAGGUUGCCUUACCAGAGAAUAAGGUUCUUCAGAGGGAUUCAUCUGGAGAAAGCUAUCAAAACAGUUGUGCACACAUUUCUAGUCCUACAUCUAAUCCUGAGGUCCCUGAUGAUGGGAGUUUGGUAUCAGGCUAUGGAUCGAAUACCACAUUGUGCAAAGUCUCUCUGGAGGAAUUUGAAGAAUUGAAAUCAGAGAAAAACAACGUUGCCUUGGAUCUUGCUAGGUGCACUGAGAACCUGGAAAUGACAAAGUCUCAAUUGCAUGAAACUGAGCAGCUUCUAGCUGAAGCUAAAUCGCAAUUGGCUUCCGCGCAGAAAUCAAACAGCUUAGCUGAGACACAACUGAAAUGCAUGGCAGAGUCAUACAGGUCACUUGAAGCUCGGGCAGAGGAGUUAGAAACCGAGGUGAACCUUCUGCAAGCAAAAGCUGAAACGUUGGAAAACGAGCUUCAAGAUGAAAAGCAAUGUCAUUGGGAUGCUUUGAGCAGAAGCAAGGAGCUAGAAGAACAACUGCAAACGAAAGAGAGCUGUUCAGUUUGUUCUGCGGCAGCUGAUGCUGAAAACAAGGCCAAUCAAGAUAGAGAGCUAGCAGCUGCGGCAGAAAAGCUAGCGGAGUGCCAAGAAACCAUAUUUCUUCUGGGCAAGCAGUUGAAAGCUUUGCGACCUCAGACAGAGCUGAUGGGAUCUGCAUACAGUGAGAGGAGUCGAAAGGGAGAUGGAUUUGCUGAAGAUGAACCAACUACAAGCGGCAUGAACUUGCAAGACUUUGAUCAGGCUGAGAUGGAUGCUAUUGUCUCAACCAACCAUCACAGAGCAGGCGCCGAAUCACCCAUGGAUUUGUACAACCAGCCAUGUAGCCCAUCUGAUACUGAAUCAAAUCUCUCGAGAUCACCUCUCAAUUCAAAGCAGCCAAAACACAGGUCGACCAAGUCAACUUCAUCUUCUUCUUCUCAUAUGGCAACACCAGAGAAACAUUCAAGAGGAUUUAGCAGGUUCUUUUCUGCGAAAGGAAAGAAUGGCAAUUAGGCUUGCCGCUCGCAGGCAUUAAUAAUGAAAAAGAUCCAUUAGUAAUAAGCCCAAGCACCCAAGUUGGACUCCACCACUUUUGGUGCUAGAAUGACCCGUGGAAGAGUUUGCUUAUAAAAUGAUGCUUUGAACGCCAAGUUUCUUUUUUUUUUCUUUUUUUUUGUAACUAAUGGCUGUAAAUGUUUUCAUAUGUAAAUUAGGCGCUUUUUCUCGUUUAUUUUCUGUAAUAUUUGUAAUUGAACAAGACACUGUUACUCUGAAAUUUGAAUAUGUAACUAUAUGUGGCUGUUUUCUAAGA